GUUACGAUUCCUUCAUUUGAAUUCAUCAUCGAAGAGUUGCUCGACAUUUUUGUCAUCAUCUUUUCGAAUUAAAAAAUUUCUUCAAACUUUGCCAUCCUCGUUUUUUUCUUAUAUUCAUCACAGAUUUUCGUGAAUCUUUUAACAGUUUUUGUAGGAAUUGUUUGAAACCGACAAACCAAUCAUUCGAUACUUUUUUGGCCAAAAUGGCUAGAACUUUUGCUUGGGGCACGAUCCUUCUUGCCUCAUUGCUUCUCAUCAAUCUGCCUCAUUGGGCUCAAUCAUUUCGACUUGACUCAUCAUUUUCUGACAAAUUGAUCGAAGAUGGAGAUCAAUUCACCUGUGCCCAAAGUUGUUCAUCCUCGGAAUCUUCCAAACAAAUAAUCGAAUAUCAAACCGGAACAACAUAUAGCUAUCAAGUAGAAUUAUCAACCAAAUUGAAUGGAAAACAUGACUCUGCCGAUUCAAACAAUCAAGUUCGAAUUGAAGCCAUUGCUGACUUGUCCGUAUAUAAACCAUGUGAAAUGGUUUUGCGCUUACGACAAGUGAAAGUUGAUGGUAUCGAAGAUGAACGACAAGCAACUGAAAUGAAGACACAGUUGGAAAGCUACUCCACUCAUUUUGCUGUCCAAAAUGGCAAAAUCGAACAUGUCUGUGUUGAACAAGUCGAACCCGAAUGGACUGUUAACAUCAAAAAAUCGAUAGUUUCAUCGAUCCAAGUAUCAGCCAAAAGCUUAACGGAAAACACAUCUGUUCUUGAAACCGACAUCAAUGGCCAAUGUGUGACAGAAUACCAUCCAGAAAAUGAAUGGCGAUACGGCCAAGACAAAACGGCUAUUGUCCAAAUUGUAAAAAGCAAACAAUUAUCCAAAUGCAACAAACGACACCAAAUCAACUUAGGUCUUUUCCCUCGAUCUUACGGUCUCGAUCAAUUGAUUAGAUCGUCGAUGCCAAUUGUGAAUGGUACCUAUGAAUGCCGACAAAAAAUACAGGACGGUAUCGUUAUUGAUUCAGAUUGCUGCGACAAACAGACCAUUUGGCCUUUGAAAGUAACAGUCGAUUCUGAUAUUCGUUGUCGAUUGAUUGGUGAACAGUCAGCUUUAACAGUACCAAAAUCAACAAGCCGUUCAAUGAAACGUCAAAACUUGAUCUGGAAUACAGCUUUUUCUCGACAAAAUCUUGUCAAAGGAUCAUUGCAAUCACCGGACAAUGAUUAUACUGUUGAGCAAGUAGAACAAUUAUUGCAGCAGAUUUGCAUGCAAAUCAAAGAUUCGAUUAAAAUUCAAGUUCCAGAAAUGUUCGCUGAAUUGAUUCAUGCAAAACAAUCAUUGAACGUUGAUGAUGAACAAAGAAUCUACGAACAAAUACAAAGUGGUCAAAUCUGUCCUUCAUUCAAAUUAAUGGACUUAUAUUUAGAUGCUUCAGCUUUGUCUGGAACAGCUGGAUCGGUUCAAGUUUUGAUUCAAGCUUAUGAAAAAUAUCAACAACAACAACAAGAUCAAAGAGAUAUUCUGCCAAGAUUCUCUUAUCUCUUUUCAUUGUUGGCUUUCACUAAAACACCAAACGUCGAAGCAGCUCAACGUUUAGUGCAAUUUGUACAACAAGAACAACAGCGAACUCCAGUUUCACAAGAUUUUGAACAAAUUAUUUAUGGUGUAACCGGAUACAUACAUAAUCUCCGACAAUACACCCAAGAUCAAGAACAACAACAACAACAACAGGAACAAUCAAUCAGUUGGACCGAUGUUGAACCAGUUAUUGGUCAAUUGCAACAACAAUUGAUCAAUCAUGUAGAACAAUUGAUGCCACAAGUUGAUCAACAAUCACAACAAGUUGACUAUUCCACUGUUCUUUCGUUGAUUCAUGGUUUAGAAAACAUUGGAUACGAAUUGCCAUCCAACUAUCGUCAACAACAACAAUUAGUUCGACGCAUGAUUCAAUUGUGUCAGAAAUAUAAUGCAAGAUCUCAAGGCGAAUAUUAUUCUCCAAUCCGUGCAGCUAUUAUUCGAUCAAUUGUGAAUGUGGCUGAUGAUGAACAAAUUCGAAACUAUUUGUUAGAAAUCUUCUUCGACCAACAACAACAAGAACCGAAUGUCGUCCGAAUUGAAGCUUACAAAACAUUAGUCAUGUCUGGCGUAAAAAUCUCUGAAUUGCAAAAAAUUCAAGAAUAUGUCGAUUCUGACUCUGAAAACCGUUCUGUAGAUUUGAUUAAUUAUGUUCGUUCACAUCAAGCAAACCUUCGAACCACCUCGGACAUUUAUCGUCGUUCGAUUUUGCCUUUGGGAGCUCCAAAAUUUGCAAAACCAAGCAGCAUGUUUGGUGUGUCUCGAAAUUAUGAAUUCUCAUAUUUGAAUGAUGUCUACCAAAUGGGUGUAACAGCCGAAACCGAUGUCAUAUACGAUAGCCAAAGACAAUCAAAUUCCAUUCCAAAGAUGAUCUCUUUUAAUCUCACUUUACCUAUCAUGGGCCGUGAAUUUCAAGCUGUUCAACUUCGUGUCCAUCAAAACGGUCUUGAACAAGUUUUGGGCGACAAAUACCAACAAUUAAUGGCUGGACAAUCGAGCAAACAGCUUGAUCCCAUCAAAUUGUUUGGUAAAUUGAUCGAUUUGGUUUCGCAGGAUGGCGAACAAUUGUUGCAACAGAAUCCUGAAUUCAGUUUAUUGGUUCAAGUACAAGUUGACGGCAAAACGGUUGUUUUAUGUGAUCAAAAUGAACUGAUGUCAUUGGUUAAAAGCAGUGGAAAGAUUGGAGAAUUAUUCCGCAAUGUGUUCAAUCGUGAACAAUCUAAUCUAUCGAUCGAUCGAGCUUACUCGAUUGUCCCGAUUGAUUUUGUAACAUCGAUGACCACUUCGAGCGGCAUGCCAGUUCAAGUGCAAGUGAACAGUACUGUCGUCGUCGGUUUGAAAACUGAUAUUAACUUCAAUGUUGAUCGUCAAGGUUCGUCGGAUGUCAAAGUGGCAAUCUGGCCAUCAUUCGCUGGUCAAGUUGAAGCCCGUGUUCAAUACUAUGCCGGUCAGCAGGCCAAAUCAAUUCAGCAUGUGGCACGUGUUUAUUCGGCUCCACAUGUCAAUUUAAUUGUCAAGGUUGAUGACCAGCAAGGUGUUAGCAUCAAAUCAACAAUGCCUGAACAGAAAUAUACUGUGAUUCGAUAUGAAACAGGUUUCUAUGUCGAUCAACAAGUUAGCCGCUCUUCAUUUGAAACGGAAAAACGAAGUUUCGGAUCGUCAUCGGAUCGAGAAAGCGAACAACAUCGAUGCACUGAAUUCACCAAAAGAUCACUUGGUGUGGCUCUUUGUUACGAUGUUGCUUACGAAAAUGAUGACCGACAAAAUCGAUUUGUUGCCGAAGUUAGUGUUCAAAAAUUCGACCAUCAAUUGAACAGCUUCGAGCUUCAUUUGGAUAAUCCGGUCUCAUUCUGGAAAUCAAUUUCCGGCUCGUCAUCGCGAUUAAAUGGGGAAAAACGAUCACUUAAAUUCAUCUUUAACACUCCUGGCUCGCGAAUCGAUCGUGAAACUUCAUUCGAAUUGCAGUUACCUACUUUUGAUCGUGAAGCUGGUUUACUGUCGACUGGAGCCCGUCUUAAGAUCAAAAGCCCUUGGAAACAAAUGCUUGCCGAAGCAGUGAUUCGCAAUCAUCAAAGUGAACGUUCAGUUAGUGUCCAAUUAAGUUUGGAUAAACAUCGUUACGUGCAAAUGCAAAUGAAUUUCGAAAUGAUAAAACGAGGCCAAAAAACCGAAUAUCAAACCAAAAUGAUUUUGGAUACACCAAUCACCGGACAACCAAUCAAUUUGGUGGGCGUCUUGUCAUACCAACAAGGUCGCAAAUCGGUUUUUUACAUUUCUCUUCAAGAUGUAGAACAACAACGACAUUUUAUCAAAAGUACCAUAGUCAAGACAGGCCGAUUCGAUCAAGGUGAUUUGAAAUGCUCAGCUCAUUUAAUGCUUGAUUUGGCAGGUGUUGCCUGUAAAGCCAUCGGUACAAUAGAACGUGGUGUUCGCGAUCUUAAAUUGGAUUUUUCUACUGAUUACGAAACGGAAUCCAGUGGACGUCAAUCCGCUCGAUUGUUGGUCAAACAUCAAGAUUUAUCUUGGGGUAAAAUGAUCAAGUUGAUUAAUCAAGCUCAAUUUUCAUCUAGUCAGGCACCUAAAUACAAUGCUCAAUACGAUCAUCAAUUAACUUAUGGAUCGAAUGAAUAUUUGGAACACGAUUUGCAAUUGAAAUGGAAUCGCAAUGAAGAACAAAUUCGAUGUUAUCAAUCUGUCAAAAUGACUGAACAGCGUGGUCAAUACGAUGGUGAAGCAGAAACCAUUUUUAUGGUAAAACCAAUGAAAAUCGACUACCAAUUGAAAGCUCAAGCAAGCUUGAUUGGACUUGGAAUGGAAAACGGAGAAACUAAACGAUAUGAAAUAAUUGCCACUGGUCAUAAACGCGACCAUCCCGAGCAAGACAAAAUUCGUGCCGAAUUGUCUUAUCAACAGCAAUCAUUGAAACCAUUGAAGAUGAAUGUUCGUGCUGCUGUAAAAUCCGAUAAUAUAGAUUUUGUUUAUAGCGACAACGUUGAAGAACAACAACCAAAUCAAUAUCAAGGACAUAUGAUGGUCCAAUUGUCUCCUGAACAAAAAUAUAGCUCCCGUUAUAUUUACGCAAUCAAUAAGAAAGAUUCUCAAUUGAUUGAACAUCAAUUAGAUGCUACUUUCGAUGAUGAAAUUUCUAAAAAAUUGACUGCAAAACAUCAUGGAAAAUUACGUUUGAUUCCAAAUCAAUUGUUUGAUAUGGAAACAAAAUGGACUAAUGAACAAAACGAAGACUUAUUCGAUGGUCGAUUAAAAUGGGAAAAUGAAGGCAAAACCGAAUGUCAAUUUGAACAUCAUCCCAGUGAAACUCGGGGCGAAUUCGAUUUAGACUUGUAUUCGAGUCCAUCGAAAGCAAAUGUUGAAUUCGAAAACAAGCAAUAUAAACAUUCCACCAAAGUAGACUACGACAAUAUAGACAGUUUGUUCACUUUGAGAUCAAAAACAAAAAGUAACAACGACGAUAUUUUCUCUAUUGAUUCACAAAUCUCACCCAAACGUCGAUCCCACUUGGCUAUCGAUUCGGAAGCUUUCACAAGUGAUUGUCACUAUGAACCAGAAUCAGAAUCUGGAUCCCGAAGCGAAAAAUCUGCUAAAAUUCAAUUCCAUUUGCCUGGAUCAUGGCAGCAUGAAUCUCGUGCAAAAAUAAACUGUGAUGAUGGCCGAUAUCAAUUACAAUCAAAAACUGAUUAUAACGAUAAAAACGUAUUCGAUUUGAAUGGUGAAUAUCAUCGAAAUCAAGCAGUAGCCUUAAAAAUGAAAACCCGAUCAACUUUUGGAGGCUUAUCUGCUGAAAAAGACAAACAAUAUAGAGUACAAUUUAAAAACGACCGAUUCAAACAUGAUACUCGAUUUGACUGUGAACGUCCAGAUUCGAUUGAAUUUGAAUCUAAAACAACCGAUAAUGGCGAAAAUGUUGCAGCCAUUCAAUAUGGUUGCAACCAAGAUAAAGUACAUGAAUUGAAAGUCGAUUGUGAUCGAGUGGUUCGAGCCAAAGGCCAAUGUCAAUGGCACUCCAACGAACCAUUUGCCAAUUUCAAUGUCGAUUGGUUGGCUGGUGAAUCACCCAUUCAUCAUGAGACUCAGAUUAAAGCUAAUCGUCGAGAUCAAUCUGCUCGAUUGGACAGCAAAACCAAAUUGUCGGAUCAGAAAGUAGCUCAAAUCAAAGCAGCCAUUGCCAAAAAUCCAGCCGAUCAGCAACCUUUUGCUUCAGCUUCGAUAGAAUUGCCUCAAUUCGACGCUCAAAUUGGUUAUGAACAACAGACAAAUCGCCUCGAUGACCAAGAUAAACAACAUAAAAUUUCGUGUUCUUUCGAUGGAAAGCAAUGGAAACCGGAAUGGAAACAUCAAAGUCAAAUUAAAAUCCUGAAGAAACGAUCGAUCAUAGAGUUUGAAAGCAAAACUGAAUCUAAACACGACAAAAACAAUCAUUUGCAAUUGAAAGGACAAUACCGUCAUUUAGAUGAACAACAGCCAUCUCAUCUUGAUGUAAAAUUGGGAAACAUUUUAUCGGCUGUAGGACAGAUCAACCUGUUCAACCAAAAGGAAAAAUCAUUAGAUAUUCAAAGCAAAUAUGAUAAUGGCCGUCGAUACGAGCAUGAAUCACAAGUUAAAUACUGGCCCGAAAAAAGUUCCAUGAAAUGGGAUGGGAAAAUUAGCAAUGAAAUUGGUAGAAAAAUUGCUUCGAUCGAAUCCUUUAUAAGCACAGAUGCCGACAAAACAUCUUAUUUAAAAGUAGAUUCUGAAGAUAAGAAACAAGUGCCUCGAAUCAAAAUCGAAUUGAACCGACGAAUGAAACGUGCCGCAAUCGAUUUCGAUAUGGAUCAAUUUCAACAUCAAACAUUAAUUCAUGAUGAUCAAUCUGCUGUAAAAGUGAAUACUAUCACUACUAAAGAUCAACAGAAUAUUUUCAAUUUCAAUACCGAAAUCAACCGACAACCAUCGACCAAAUCACAUUUCCACGUCAAAGUGGGUCCAAAAUACGAAACGGCUUUUCACGUAUAUCCAGCCAAACGAUCAGGUGGUUUGUCAAUGAAGACACCGGCUUUACGACACCAAACCGAAUUUGAUUUGAACAACCAAAUUGAUGGCCCAGCAAACAUGCUCCAAUCAGCAACUUAUUAUCACGAUAAUUUGCUUGCCAAUUUAGAUGCUCGAAUGGAGGGUCUUCGCGGUGAAAACAUCAUCAAAGCCGAUGUUCCUGGCAUUAUGCGCUUAGAUACGACCAUGGAUGCACCUGGAAAACGAUUCUCAUUCGACGCUCAAGCUGACUCACGUUACGGUGGUCGCCAUGCUAUGGGCUCAAUCUAUGCAAACCAUGUUCGACGAAACGUUGCCGGUUUGGAAGAUCGUCAAUUCCAUUUUGACCUUGCCUGGGAUGUUGAUCGUGAUCCCCGAUCUCGUGUUCUCGUCGAUGUCUCUGCUCAACGUCAACCCGAUCAGUCAGUGCAAGUCGUAGUUCGUGCUGAUUAUGCUCACAACAAGCUCAUCUUCGAAACGGAAAUGAUGCCACGAUCUGUUUUUGCUCACUCAGCUCGUAUGUCGUUGUCAUACGUUCCGUAUGGUGAUAUCGACUCAUUUCAAGUGAUCUAUACUCACAUAAACCGCUUGCCACAAGUCGAAUGCAAAUUCGAUUUCAUGUUCCGUGGACAAUUGAAAUAUUCGGCUAGAAUGACAUCUCAACUAACCGACGAACGAUUUGUAAUUGGAUUUCAAACUACUUCACCUCAAAAUCUUGAAGCUCAAGUGAACAUGAACGUAAUGGGUGUCGCUAAGGGACCCGGUCAAUACUAUUUUAAAGGCAGUGUUCAACGAGCUGUAGAAGAUCAGUAUGAAGUGGAAGCCACCCUCGAGCAAGAUGCCGAUAAUCGAGUCUAUUAUGGCAAAGUAGAAGUACGAGUGCCAAAAAUGGAAUCACAAUCUUUUGAAUAUCGAAUCGAUUACCCAGGACGUUACAUCGCAAUUCAUACGGUCAAUCCACAAUCUGGAGGUCGAUUUGAAUUGGAAGCUCAAGCACCUCUUAACCAAGAUCUCAAAUUGUCAUUGAAAUCGGAUGUUGCCUAUUUGCCUGUGAUUGACGGUAAGAUUAGCUACUCUGUAAGCGAACCCGAAUUCCAUGCCAAAUUAGAUUUCAACCAAGAACGGUUGAUCGAAGCCCAAUAUAAAUUGACCGGUAUCGAAUCGAUCGGUAGUGGAAGAUUCCAUUUGUUGGCCAAAUGGCAAUCUGUCUUCACACCAUCGUUCGAAGUGAGCGGUUCAAGUGGUAUUGAGCAACAAACCAAUGGACAAGAAAACUUGGUUUUCACGAUUGAAGGAAAAUACAAUGCCGAAAAGAUCUUCUAUGGUCAGUUGAAACGGGUUUCAUCACAAUCAGAUGCCUAUGGAAAACAGUCUAUUGUUUUCGAUAUGCAAGGCUGGAUUUCGCGACCGAACGGAGUCAAACUUAUUCGAACAGCAUCGAAAUUCGCUCUUGGCCAGAACAGAGACUCUUUCAUCGAAUACGUAUUGGAUGUUGAACCAAACCGUGAUGAAUUGGAAACCAUCGAACCUGUUUACGUUAUUAUCAACGGUGCCCGAAAACCUGGUGAAUCAGAUAAAUUGAUCGGAUCUAUCAAGAUUAGCAAAGGACAAGAACGUCGUGAUUGGCUCGAUUGCGAUGUGGUUAUCGAACAAGGCAAUCGCUAUUACCAAAAUGAACAAGUAGUCGUUAAUUGGUAUGGUAUGGCCAUCGUCAUGCCAGAACGUAUCAUGACAACUGUGCGAUAUGUACCCACCUCGACACAAGCUACAUUCCAAGUUUCAUUCAUGGAACAAUUGGACGUCGCCGAACAAGGAAAGACUUUGUUUGAUGAACAAUCUGUUCAACCACAAUUGCGUAAUUUACGCGCAAUGCGAAAAUAUCGAAACCAAAUGGUCGCUACAUUAGAUGAUCAAAAAAUUGGUUACGAAGUCAUCUCAACCAAAUUAGCAUAUCGAAACACUUGGGAACAUUCUGUUCGUCUUUAUUCUCCACAAUCAAAUGGUCGCUCAGUCCAAUAUCGAACUGGUUAUCAUUAUUCACCGGAAACAUUCACUUACGUCUACCGAAGCGAAUUGAAAUAUGGAUACCAAAGUGAACAACCAAUCUAUACUUCAACACAGGUAAUUGCUCCAAUUCCGAACAAACCGACCUCUUACAUGGUUUAUUACGAUCUUCAUUCGUCUGUAUUGAGUGGUGAUGGACAUGUCUGGGCUCGAGCUUUCUUGUUUGGACCCGAAAAUAAAUAUCAAGGCGUAAUCGCUACAGCAAAAACUACCCAAAAUGAUCAAAUUACCUUUGAAGCAACAGCACGAACAGAAGAAGAACAAGCCAACCAAUUGGUCUACUAUGGACAAACAAAUAAAGUGACCUACUAUAAUGUCAGCCUAUACACUCAAGAUCAACAAAUCGAUUCUGGUGUUGAUGGUUACGUUUCUGGUAAUGGUUUAGAAUUAAACUGGCACAAUCAAAACAGAUAUGGUCACCGACAAACAGGACAAUAUCGAUUCCGAUUUCUCGACAAUAAACAAUUCGAAGCAGUAAUGGAACAUAACAACAAUGGUUAUUAUUGCAAAGGUCAAUUGAGACCUAAGCAAGAUGUCUACGUUGUUGAUACUGUCGUUGAACAAUAUGAGAAAGUGGUCAGCAGUGGUAAAUACUACUAUAAUCAACAUGCACCACAACAAAUGGAAAAACGAGUCAAAGGUCAAUACAAGAUCCACGUUGAAGCCAAAGAUCAGUGCAUUCGUGCCGAAAUUGUCCGCGAUUCAGCAUCUGUUGAUUCCAAAUACGAACAACGAUCACCACUUGAAGGAAGCUACACACAACAGUUAAGCUUCUGCAUGGAGGAUGAUAAAUCAAACAUCUUAAACGUUGCCAUCGAUUCAAUCGAGAACGGUCAAAAAACAACUGAUUUGAAUGUUCGUCUUGACACCCGUGAAGUUGUCAAUUCAAUUAUUCUUUCGUUGAAAUGGAACCCUCGAUAUGAACAAACUUAUUAUGGACAAAUUUAUGAACAAUUGCGACAUGGUCUUAAAUCCGAAGUUUCCGAAGAAAUCCGACAUGUUGUACGAACAUUGCGACGAAUUCUCUACGAACAACAAGAUGGAAUCAAUCGAUACCAAGUUUUGGCUGAACGACUUGUCCAAUCAGUAGAAGACUUUUUCGGUCUUGAUGCUGGUGAAGUGCAACAAUUGAUAAACGAAUUGGUUACCGAACCAAUAAUUUCAACAUUGGAAUCGCUUUACCGUUAUGGUUACGAAUACGGCUAUAUUGUUGAACAAUAUCAACAGAAAAUGAAACAAUUGGUUCGAAAAGUUGAAUACGAAUGCUACCAGAGUGAUGUUUGCCGUCAAUCAGUGGAAGCUGUGGUCGAAGCCUGCAAGACUCCCGAACGAUUUGUUUCGAUGGUCAGCGAUUAUUUGGUACAAGCUUUGCAACAUACCCACCGUGUCGUUUCAACCAGCUAUUCUGGCCGAUUGAUUCGUUCAUUCAUUCCUGCUACUUUUUAUGAAUAUUUACCUGAACUGAUUCAUCAAAUCAACCAUUAUUUUAUUCAAUCAUACACAAAAUUGGUCCAUGGUAAUUAUCCAUUAGCUGAUUUCAUCAACAAUUUAGAACAUGUUUCACACGAAAUGAUGGUCGCCACCCAUUGGCGUCAAGUACAAUGGCAUCAGGUAAAAGAGGCAAUCGGUAAAAUGAUCGAAUUGACUGUAUCACCAUGGCGAUACAUAAGUACCACUCGUGUUCUUGUUUAUGAUCCUCAACAAGGACAACUUCAAAUCGAAUUGUAUGGUCCGGCCGUAAAGCAUCCCAGAUAUUAUUAUAAACAAAUUAUUCGACCAAUUUUGUCUCACCGAACAGAUGCUUUAAACAAAAGCCAAUCAUCGUAUGAAAAAAGCGGUUACUAUUAUCCAUCUUCUGGUGAGCAAUCAUCAUCCAUCCUCUCGCAAAUGUUCGGACGCGUUUAAAACCGAAUUCAUUUCAACAACAAAAAAAACAAACACACACAAAUAUUUUAUUUAAAUAAAUAAUUAUUCAAUUUAAUUGUUAUUUUAAUUGAAA